ACGCUAGCUAAGGUAGCCUAGAAUAAGAAAGAACUUUUCAUUUUUCGGCCUUUCCACAAUAACCCUGCUCUCAAGCCCUUCUUUCUUCUCCAACUUCAUUCAUUAGUGCGCCUCAAGUCUGCAAGCUUCUGUUUCAGUCAACGGUACUUACAACAGCAAGUUCUGCCAAACAUGGCUAUUUAAAACAGACAGCUUUCAUGAAACAGUUACGAUCUUUUCCAUCUGCAAGCUUUUUAGCUCUAAAAAGCUAACAGUUAGUAAAAAGUCUAAGAAAGAUCUUUUCAGCUUCUCAAACCAAACAUAGCCUAGGUUUACUUGCUCGGAACAUGUCCAGCGUUUGUGCCUCGAGAGUAUUUGGUCACCAUUUCAGAGCGGCUGCUGCAGCUGCAAUUCCAGCUUUCUUGAAGGAUUUUGCCAACGUGAGGGAUAAUCUCAAGAGAGGGCCUGUUCAUCAUGCAGCUGCAGAUGGGUUUACCGAUGCAUGCAAGUACUUUCUGAAGGAUCUGAAGCUCGAUGUCAACGAGAAAGAUGACUUAAACAAGACCCCUCUAAUUUAUGCUGCUGAGCAUGGACAUACAGCUACAGCCAAAUUCCUUGUGGAUUAUGGUGCUGCCUUAGAAUUUGAGAGGGGAAGAUAUCCUCUUCUUUAUGCUGCAAAGAAGGGUGAUAUUGAGUUAAUGAAAUCCUUACUUUCUAAGGGUGCAAAAGCUGAUUUUGUUAACCGUGAUUUCUCUACUUCACUUAGUCAAGCUGCAUUAAGUGGCCAACCUGAUGCUUGCAGACUUCUGCUUGAAAAUGGUGCUAAUCCAAAUGGGCAUCCUGAUUACCCGUCUUUCUCUCCUAUCGGGUUGGCUAUCCGUUCAUGUUCUCUCCCUUGUGUGCAGGUGUUGGUGGAGGCAAAUGCAACCUUGAAUAGUCCAGCCACAAGCUGGGAAGGAAACCCUUUGCACCAAGCUGCAUAUUUUGGCCACCAAGAAAUUGUGAAAUACUUAUUGGAAAAUGGAGCAGAUCCAAACAUUAAAUGUGUUACAAGGUUUUCGGAUGAUGAUGUUUGGAAACCAAGGAAACCAAUACAGGUGGCAGCUCAAUAUGGUAAAGUAGGUGUGGUCAAAGUUCUUUUCCCCCAUACUACACCGAUUAAGGGAUAUACGGAGUGGAGCAUUGAUCGCAUUCUUGGUGACAUGCAACCUGGAAGUUUGAGGAGAGGAGGGGGCACAUGGAAAAGGAAAGAGAAAGGACAAAGCAGAGAGGAUGCAUUACGGAAAGGGAAAAAAUCUUUAGAUCAAAGAAAGGGAGCGUAUUGAAGAGCCUUGCAGGUCGUGGUUGUGUACCGUGUAAGAGUAGUUUGAAAUAUGAAAAGUGGCACCAUAUCUCGUUUCGAUACUAAAGAGGAUUUUUAUAUCAGUAAGUUAUUUUUAUGUUCUCCGCGAGAGAAGUGUGGAUGAAAAAAAUGUGGACCAUUGAUCUCCUUGUAUCCCUUUUAGUUUCGCUCUUAAAUUAUUUUAUGAUCAAAGGUUGGAUGUUGUUUUUAUGAUAAAUUAAUAAUAAAAUAUUUAUGUUUCUCAAAAGAUGUUUUCCUAUAGGAUUAUUACAAAUGCUCAUCAAUUUUUUU